GAGUGAUCGAGUCUUUACAUUUUCGAAACCCCCAUUAUCUUCAACAUUAAUAUUCCUCUUUUUAAAUUUUCUCUUUCUCUCGAAUGGACCGAAGGAGAGAAGACGUUGGUGAUCUAGAUGUAGCUCAGGCUCGUAUGCGAGAGGCGAUUGCUUUUGUCAAUAAGAUCAAGCGUUCAUUUGCGAAAGAUGUGCGCCGUUACAUGUCCUUCUUGGAUUUGAUGAUGAUGUACGAAGCUGGGGCUAAGACUAUUCGUCAGGUUUACGCAGAUUUGGCUGUGAUUUUCGCUGAACAUGAUGAUUUGAUGCAGGAGUUUAAUGCAAUGAUCUUGGAUUCUGCGUCGGGUGAGGACGGUGAGACUGGAGAGGGUUCCUAUUUUGAUGAUUAUACCAAAGCAAAAGAUUUCUUUAAAAAGGUCAAGGCCGAACUUCGCAAUCCCCAUAAGUAUUCGACCUUCUUGAAUCUUUUCAAUCUUUACGCCGAACAAAGAAUCCAUAAACCUGACUUGUUGAAACUCUCUGCUGAUUUAAUUGGAGAUGGUCCUCUUCUGGAUGAAUUGAAAAUUUUCUUGGAAUUUCUUGAUAAAGAGACAAGUAAAGGUAAUGAAAGCUCAACUAGACGCUUAGAGAAAAUAGAUAAAGAGACAAACAAUGAUGGGUGCAGGGAGCAGGAGAAGAAUGCAGAUAAAUCAGUUGCAGAGCUGGACCUCUUCAAAUGUAAGCAGAUUACUCCCAGCUACAGGCUGAUACCUAAGGAACACCAAAUUCCAGCGUCAAUCCACAGAACGGAGUUGGGUAACCAGGUGUUGAAUGAUCAACUCAAAUGUGUGAGUAAAGAUGAGUUUGCGGAAACAUCAGAAAAAAAUAAACCGAGAACCGGAAGUCCCACUGAGGAGGCUAUGUUUGUCCGUGAAGGCGAGAUGUAUGAGACGGACAUGUUGGUUUCGACUAUAACAGCUGCCAUUGCGCAUGGGGAGCAGAUAUUAAAGGAAACUGAGCAAGGGAAUGAAAUUAAGCGAGAGCCUCCACUUCGCUUUUUCAGUUUGAUUGAGAAGAUGUAUGGUGAUAGUGGAAUGGACGCAGUAGAUUUCUUCCAUGGAGAUCCAACUGGGGCCUUGGCUCGCUUUAUACCGCGCUUCAAACAGAAACUGGAAGAAUUGUUAAAUUUCCGUUCAAAGCAGAGAAUUUUCAUGUGAUGAAACUAAAAUACCUUUUCUUAUCUGUGUAAUAUGUUUGUAAAUACAUUUGGUUGAUUGACUUGCUUGAAAAUUCUCUUUUUGGCUUUUUUUUCUUUUCAAUAAGAACAAUACAGUUUCUUACUA